AUGAUCUCUUCCGGAAAUUCUAUGGUUCUACGGUCUACCACUGCAUUUUCGGCAAGAAACGAAGCUGCCAGUGCACGAGGGGCUCGGCGCUGCGAGGCUGAGCAAAAGAAGGCCGCAUCACUUCCUGGGGAGAGCUGCGUUGCUGUCAGGCACGCGCUGUUCAUUUGCCCAGGGAAGCGCUGCUCGGUCAAUGAGACAGUGACUGGCCAUGGAUAA